UUUCUCUCUAUUGCCUCUCUUCAACAUUUGAGGUUCAAAGAAAAAAGAAUCACAACUUCUCUAAGAUAUACCAUUUUUCUCUUUUUUCUUCUUCUUUUCUUUGAGGGAGAAGAAUUAUUAUUAAUCAUGAUUGAACCUCAAAUGUAAACCUUCAUAGAAUAUAUUCUAAUUCUUCUAAAUUCCUUUUCAAUUUCCAAACCAAAAUUCUUGAAAUUUUAGAAGAAGCUUCUUAGAUUCAUUUCAUUUGUGUUUCACACAACAAAAACAUCUCCAAAUAUACCAUGGAAGGUGAAAGUGUUGUACAAAUUCCAAAAAAUGGAGGGAAAGAAGAAAUAAAAACCCAAGAAGUAGAAAAGGAACAAGAAGAAGUGGAAAUUACAAUUUCAUCAGGUGAAAAAAAUGAGAACAAAGAUAACGACCAGUUAUCGCCAAGGGCAGUUUUGGAAAUUCGCAUAUCAGGUACAUCGGAUUCCGAUAACAGCAGUAUAAGCAGCGGCGAAAGAAGCCGGAGCUUCGGUUCAUCUCCGUCUCCCGUCGGCGAAAAACCGGCCGUUUCCGACGGCGGCGGUGGAGAAGAAACAGGGCAAGGGUUGAGAUUUAAGAAUUUGUUCGAUCAGAUGAAGAGAAAAUCGAUUCGGAGAUUAUCGGCGAUUCCAUUAUUAAUUGGAUAUGAAAAUUUACUAGCGAAGAAGAAUAUAAAGAGGAAAUUACUGUCGAGAAUUCGAAGUGCUGAAGAAGAAACAAUUGAUUGCCAUGAUUUUGUUGUUCCGAAGCCAUCAUGGAGGAAUUUUAGCCUUGAUGAACUUGCUCAAGCUACUGAUAAUUUCUCACCAGAUAACUUAAUUGGCAAAGGAGGACAUGCAGAAGUGUACAAAGGACAUUUACAAGAUGGUCAAGUUGUUGCAGUCAAGAAAAUAACAAAGAAAGAAAAGAAUGAUGAGGACAGAGUUGGAGACUUCUUGUCUGAGUUAGGAAUCAUUGCUCAUAUCAACAACACUAAUGCUGCUAAGUUAAUUGGUUUUAGUGUUGAUGGUGGUUUGCACCUUGUUCUUCAGUUCUUGCACCAUGGCAGCCUCGCUUCCGUACUACACGGUAGAGAAGAGUGCCUUGAAUGGAAAAUAAGAUAUAAAGUGGCGGUUGGCGUAGCUGAAGGAUUACGUUAUCUUCAUUGUGAUUGCCAAAGGCGCAUAAUCCAUAGAGAUAUUACAGCCUCAAACAUUCUUCUAACGGAAGAUUAUGAACCUCAGAUAUCUGAUUUUGGACUAGCAAAGUGGCUGCCAGAAAAAUGGGUUCAUCAUAUUGUUUCUCCUAUUGAAGGCACUUUCGGAUAUAUGGCACCAGAGUACUUUAUGCACGGGAUUGUUCAUGAGAAGACCGAUGUUUUUGCCUUUGGUGUUCUGCUAUUGGAGCUCAUUACUGGUCGUCGUGCUGUUGAUUCAUCCAGACAGAGUCUUGUAAUGUCGGCAAAACCACUGCUGGAACAGAACAAUAUCAAGGAAUUAGCGGACCCUCGUCUAGGAGAUGCCUAUGAUGUUGUUGAGAUGAAACGAGCUAUGUUUACAGCUUCUACAUGCAUUCACCACUUGCCAAACAUGCGUCCUAACAUGAUACGGGCUGUUCAGCUAUUGAAAGGCGAGAACUUACCAAUAGACAUGAAGCAGAAAUCGACAGGAGGAAGGGCAUUGAUGCUAGAUGCUUGUGAUUUAGAAGAUUACAGUAGCACAACUUAUCUCAAGGAUCUCAAUCGUCAUAUGCAGCUCGUUAUGGAGUAAUGUUUUGAUCUUGAUAUCAUCAAUCGAUGUUCUGCAUCUGCUGCUCUUAGUUAUUCCUCUACUUGUUCUCUGUUUGUACAUAUAUCUUGUAAAAUCAAGAGCUCAAUCCAGUAUUAUUCCACUAGCUGUUUUUUCGGGUUGAAAGUUUUCGAGAUGCUGUACAUCUUAACAAUGAGAAGCAGUAUCAAAAACAUCUGAGUUUGU